UGCGGGCCGGGCCGCGCCCCGGAGCGAGCCUCGGACAUGCUCGCGCCCGGGGAGCGUUCGCCGGCCGCCCGGCGGGCAGGGAGCAGACGCUGAAGGUCGUCAGGAAGUGAGCGCCGGGUCACCUGACCCCUCCGGGGCGCACCUAGGCGGGGCGGGGCCCAUGCCAGGCAGGCGGCCGGGGCGCGGGCGCGGGCGCAGGGACCGGCGCGGGAGGCAAGGACGCGCGGCGGACGGACUGGCGGGCGAGGGCGCGGCCGGGCUCGGCCGGUGGCCUCGCCAUGUCCCAGCCGGCGGAGAGGAUGCAUUGCCGAAAGGCGGGGAUCCGCGCCGCCGUGGUGCUCAUCGGACUCCUGCACAAAUCCCGAAAGCAGAAUAAAGAGAAAAGGAAGCAGGAGCUGGCCAACAGCUCGGAUGUGACCCUCCCAGACCGGCCACUGUCCCCUCCUCUCACGGCACCUCCCACCAUGAAGUCGGCUGAGUUCUUCGAGAUGCUGGAGAAAAUGCAGGGGAUCAAGCUCGAGGAGCAGAAGCCGGGACCCCAGAAGAAUAAGGAUGACUAUAUUCCAUACCCCAGCAUCGACGAGGUUGUGGAGAAGGGAGGCCCGUACCCGCUGAUCAUCCUACCCCAGUUUGGAGGCUACUGGAUCGAGGACCCAGAGAAUUUGGGCACCCCGACCUCCCUGGGCAGCAGCACCUGUGAGGAGGAUGAGGAAGACAGCCUCAGCCCCAAUGCCUUUGGCUACAAGCUUGAGUGCAAAGGUGAAGCCAGGGCCUACCGCAGACACUUCCUGGGAAAGGAUCACCUGAACUUCUACUGCACAGGCAGCAACUUGGGGAACCUCAUCCUGUCCAUCAAGUGUGAGGAGGCUGAGGGGAUAGAGUACCUUCGCAUCAUUCUCAGGUCUAAGCUGAAGACAGUGCAUGAGCGGAUCCCUUUGGCUGGACUGAGCAAGCUGCCCAGUGUCCCUCAGAUCGCCAAGGCCUUCUGUGACGAUGCAGUGGGGCUGAAAUUCAACCCUGUCCUGUACCCCAAGGCCUCCCAGAUGAUCGUGUCCUAUGAUGAGCAUGACGUCAACAACACAUUUAAAUUUGGGGUCAUUUAUCAGAAAGCCAGGCAGACCCUGGAGGAGGAACUCUUUGGGAACAACGAUGAGAGCCCAGCUUUCAAGGAGUUCCUGGACUUGCUGGGGGACACAAUCACGCUGCAGGACUUCAAAGGUUUCCGUGGAGGCCUGGAUGUGAUGCAUGGGCAGACAGGCGUGGAAUCAGUGUAUACAACCUUCCGGGACAGAGAAAUCAUGUUUCAUGUCUCCACAAAGCUGCCAUUCACGGAGGGAGACACCCAGCAGCUGCAGAGAAAGAGACACAUUGGCAACGACAUCGUGGCCAUCAUCUUCCAAGAAGAGAACACGCCGUUUGUCCCAGACAUGAUUGCCUCCAAUUUCUUACACGCCUACAUCGUUGUGCAGGCAGAGGCCUCUGGCACAGAGAUCCCAUCCUACAAGGUGUCUGUCACUGCCCGGGAAGACGUCCCUGCCUUUGGCCCGCCUCUGCCCAGCCCGCCUGUCUUCCAGAAGGGCCCGGAGUUUAGGGAGUUUCUUCUGACCAAGCUCACGAAUGCUGAGAAUGCCUGCUGCAAGUCAGACAAGUUUGCCAAGCUGGAGGACCGGACGAGGGCGGCGCUCCUGGACAACCUUCAUGAUGAGCUGCACACGCACACCCAGGCCAUGUUGGGGCUGGGCCCUGAGGAGGACAAGUUUGAGAACGGAGGCCAUGGGGGAUUCCUGGAGUCUUUCAAGAGGGCCAUCCGCGUGCGCAGCCACUCCAUGGAAACCAUGGUAGGCAGCCAGAGGAAGCUGCAUGGUGGGGGCAUCCCAGGCAGCCUCAGCGGGGGCAUCACCCACAACAACAUGGAGGUCACCAAGACCACCUUCUCGCCUCCAGUGGUGGCAGCAACAGCAAAGAACCAGUCACGGAGCCCCAUCAAGCGACGCUCGGGGCUCUUCCCGCGCCUGCACACGGGCUCUGAGGGUCCCGGGGAUGGCCGGACGCGAUGCGACAGCUCCUCCAGCACCCCUAAGACCCCGGACGGCGGACAUUCUUCUCAGGAGAUUAAGUCUGAGACCUCCUCCAACCCCAGCUCUCCAGAAAUCUGCCCCAACAAAGAGAAGCCCUUUGUCAAGUUGAAGGAGAAUGGCCGGGCCAGCAUCUCCCGCUCGUCCUCCAGCACCAGCAGCUUCAGCAGCGCUGCGGGCGAGGGCGAGGCCCUGGAGGAGUGCGACAGUGGGAGCAGCCAGCCAUCCACAGCCUCGCCCUUCAAGCAGGAGGUGUUUGUCUACAGCCCGUCCCCGAGCAGCGAGAGCCCCAGCCUGGGGUCAGCCGCCAUUCCCAUCAUUAUGAGCCGGAGUCCCACGGAUGCCAAAAGCAGAAACUCCCCAAGAUCCAACCUGAAAUUCCGCUUUGAUAAGCUCAGCCAUGCCAGCUCCAGUGCGGGUCACUAAUGGGAGAGAGAGUCCUUCGCCUGUCCGAGGGAAGGCUCCUGGUGCAGCAGUUUGGGGGUGCCGUCUGCGACUCCACUCAAUACAGACCCUCUACCUCCCUGGCGGUCUGGCUACCAGACUAGCCGUCUUGUUCCCUGUGUCCCUACCCGGCCAUGGCCCUUCGCCAGCACAGCCCGCCAGCACUUUCCUGUGCCCCUGACAAGGCCUCAUUCCUUGGGGCUCCCCAGGCGCAGGGCCUCCCAGG